AUGAAUAGAAAUCAUCAUGAUCAUCUCGAUGCUGCGGGGAAGGAUAUGUGGUCACGUUUAAGUGAUUUGGCGGAUAAAGCUGAUAUGCUAUAUGAAAGAGAAGGAAUAUCCAAAGACCGCAAGAGUGUCUCAGAAGAAGAAGAAGAAAAGAAGACGAGAUUCAGUAUUUUGGUGGAUCUCGUGGGUAGGUUAUGUGAUCAAGAGGAACGUCGUACUCUUGGAUCAUCUCCUACAAAAACCAACACUCUUUUUGAGGGUAGUGAAAAGAGCCACUUGGAUCAUCACUUGGAUCAUCUCCCACAAAAACCAAGGUCUUCCCUUGAGUGUUUUUUUACUAGAGUAUACACGCGACGAAACCAUAAUAACGUUUCUACUUCUUCAUCGCUCUUCAACACGGAUGAGUUUGAGAGGACGGAGACUAAAAGCCCUACAAUCCGUAAUUCCCAAUCUUCACCGUCUUCGUGUCUAAUGGAGAACACAAAACGCAAGAGGUAUCAAAGUAGUGGUAAAUCCAAGAAACCAAAGUUUGAUCCUUUCUCACUGACUGCGGCGAGAGAGACGCCAGAGUGGCUUUUAGAUGUGAUGAGAAAGAUGAAGGGAGCCGAAGGACCGAUCAAACUGAUCUACGAGAAGACUUUGACCGCAACUGACGUCAAGCCAAGCGAGAGUCGUCUCUUAAUACCUUUCAAUAAGUUACUCAGAAACGACUUCUUGACUCCUGAGGAGUCUCGAGCCAUAGCCAUAGAUAAAGAAGAAGAAGAAGAAGACACCAAGAAAAUUGGUGUGAAAACGAUUAUCGUGAAUCAAUUCUCUAAAGAAUGGAGUUUACGUUUUCUGAUAUGGGUGAUGAAGAAGAAAAAAUCUGGAAAUGGAACCUUGUACUACACUUUGAAUCGGGGGUGGAAUGGUGUCGUCUCGGGUAACAAGCUCAAAGCCAACGACAAUAUUAGUCUUUGGACUUUCAGGUGUGGUGGAGUCCUCUGUUUUGCCCUUGAGAAAGAGUAG